CAAAGGGACCCGCCAUGGACACGGCGUCCGCAGAGCUCCGGCCACCGGGCACGCUUGGGCCGCUCGCUGCCAUCUGCCUGGUGAAUCUCUUCUUGUCUGGGAAAAUUGAAAGUGCUGUCCCUUCCUUAGCUGCUUGCAGUGGAAAACUGGAACAGCAUACUGAGCGACGCGGAGUCAUAUAUAGCCCAUCCUGGCCACUGAACUAUCCUCCAUCUGUCAAUUGCAGCUGGUACAUUCAAGGUGAUCGUGGAGAUGUGAUAACUAUUAGUUUUAAGAACUUUGAUUUGGAGGAUUCUCCCAAAUGUUCAGUGGAUUGGCUAAUGAUUGGCCCAUCUUCCAAGCGGGAGGAGUACAGAGUCUGUGGAUCCUUCAUCCCACCUUCUUUCAUCUCUGCCAGGGACCACAUCUGGAUAUUUUUCCAUUCAGAUUCGUCAAGUUCAGGGCAGGCUCAGGGAUUUCGUCUUUCUUACAUCCGAGGAAAAAUUGGCCAAACUAAUUGCCCGUCUGAUGAAUUCCAUUGCGUAAAUGGCAAAUGCAUUCCCAGCACUUGGAAGUGCAAUUCUAUGGACGAAUGUGGUGAUAAUUCAGACGAGAAGAACUGCACCAUCCCCCCAACUGAGCCCCAGUCCAGCAUCUGUCCUUCCGGAACGUUCCAGUGCAGCGUUGCCCAUUCUACCAAGUGCUUGUUAAAUGAGCUGAAAUGUAACACAGUUAAAGACUGCAGCGACGGCUCUGAUGAAGAGAACUGCCCCGACCUUUCAUGCGGCAAGAGGCUCGGUAACUUUUACGGGUCUUUCGCUUCUCCGGACUUGUUCCGCUCGGAUCACAGCCGGGCAGACCUCCGUUGCACAUGGUACGUGGACACUCAAGAUAACCGCCACGUUCUCCUGCAGCUCGACUUGCAGCUUGGGUACAACGACUACGUGAAGGUGUAUGACGGUUUGGGGGAGAGAGGCGAUAAACUCAUGCAGACUCUUUCGUAUCACAACAACAGGCGCUCGGUGAGCCUGGAGUCCUCCAAGGGGCAGCUGACAAUAGCAUAUCAUGCCCGGCCAAAGAGCACUGGCCAUGGCUUCAAUGCUACCUAUCAGGUGAAAGGCUACUGCCUUCCUUGGGAACAUCCGUGCGGCGACGAUGAGGAAUGCUAUGCCGAUAAGCAGCGUUGCGACGGGUGGUGGCACUGCCCCAACGGCAAGGACGAAGAGAGCUGCCCUGCCUGCCAGAAGAACGAGUACCCCUGCGAGGGCAACAGCGGGCUGUGCUAUUCGCUGCUCGAUCGGUGUAACAACCAAAAGAACUGCCCCGAUGGCUCAGAUGAGAAGAACUGCUUCACGUGCCAGCCGGGCAACUUCCACUGCGGCACCAACCUGUGCAUUUUUGAAACGUGGCGUUGCGACGGCCAAGAGGAUUGCCAGGAUGGGAGCGACGAGCACAGCUGCCUGGUGAUCGUGCCCAGGAAGGUCAUCACGGCGGCUCUCAUCGGGAGCCUGGUCUGUGGGUUGCUCUUAGUGAUAGCGUUGGGAUGUGCCUUUAAGCUGUACUCACUGAGGACCAGGGAAUACAGAGCAUUUGAAACCCAAAUGACCCGUCUUGAGGCAGAGUUUGUGAGGCGUGAAGCUCCACCUUCCUACGGGCAGCUGAUCGCACAAGGACUUAUCCCGCCGGUGGAAGACUUCCCUGUUUACAAUGCGUCACAAGCCUCCGUCCUGCAGAACAUCCGAACAGCAAUGAGGAGACAGAUGAGGCGCCACUCGUCCAGGCGAAGCUCUUCCCGACGGCGCUUGGGCAGGCUGUGGAACAGAUUCUUUCACAGGCCGCGAGUGAGAGCUCAGAUCCCGUUGUUAAACCCCACCCACACUUCCCAGACCGUGCUGGGGGAUGGAAUCAUCAAUCGCACAGAGAGGACAUCUGCCCAGAGUCCCCCAGCUUCUCCCGAAGGAACUCCUGUCGAAACAGAGACCUGCAGCCCGAGUAGGGGACUCCCAGAAUCUGAAACCAGCAAUUUGCCUUCAGGGACAGAAGCUACAGAAUCAUCCCCCUCAGAUACUCUGUCAAAUACUUGCACAGCUGCUCUGUCAGAGUCAGAGGACGGACACAGCGACAAGCCUUUGGGUGCUGAAGACACCUCCAGCAGGGAGGUUAGACAAACCGGCAAGGCUGAACCAGGAAGAACAUUUAGAGACCCUUUGUUGGAAAGGGUGACAGAAAUGCACCAGCGUGUUGGGCCAGGGUCCAGCAGGACUGUUGCAGAGAACAGACUCUCCAGCAGGAAUAAUUUGCUGAGUGAAGAGCCAUGUAGGCUACCCUUUAAAAAGUGGGGCUCCAUGUACUCUGGCAGCCCUAUGAAUGUUCCCAUUCAGGUGGACGGCCAGGGCUGCUGUUGCCCACAUUCAUAUCACGAAGAACCUUUGGGCGUUCACCCAGCUGGGUGCCAUUCCAUGGCAGUGCCAAUACUAGAAUCCCCUCCCCCUCUCCCAGAAAUCAGCCCCAGUGAUGAUGAGUCUUUACUGGUUUGCUAAUGGGAUUACGCUGGGCUCCUUCAGGCCUUGUAUACAUUUCCCAUGAUAUUGUGGUGCACACUGUCCGUAACCAACAUACCCACAUCUCUAUUAUGACAGCACAUUGGUCUCCAGUGGAGCAGAAUAUAGACCGCAACUUGAAAUAAGACAAUCUUGGCAAAUGCAGCUCAUGAGAGUGCGUUCGCACAACCGUAUUUUUCUUCUUAUAAACAAACAAAAAAAUCAUUUAGUUGUAUACUAUAUGUAAAACGCACAGGGCUCACAGUUUGGAAGCCUUUACCAUCUUAAGGUCUCCCCUUGAUAACGUUCCAUACAGAUCUCUGGCUAGUGGGCUGAUAACAUAAAAAUACCAACCGUUCUUCAAUAUCAUAGUUUUCUGUUUUUUUGUGGCAUAAGCUUUGGUAGGCUAGAACAUCUGACACACAAAACUGUGGCCAUGGGUACAGGGAAGGCAGGGUGAGGGCUAAGUUAUCAGGGAAAGUUCUCUGCUGUCAGGCUAGAGAAAACCAGCAGUGUUUAAAUCUUGCUUCUUUUGUCUGCAUCUGCCAUGAUUUUUCCAAUGAUUAUAAUUAUGUAUGCCAGGAGGCCUCUCUGGUGCCCCCACAUCACAGUCUGUGCAUGGUUACCAGGGAGAGGACUGACCCAGGGGGAUUCCCACAUAGGCACACAGAUGUAACUCCUCAUAGCUAUUACAUCUGUGGGAAGGAGCAGAAAAUCAGCAGGUUUGCAUCUGUUCGCCAUAGGGAGCUGAAAGGACACCCCCAAUGCAGUGUCCCCCACCUGUCCUGGAUCCGCGGAUGCGUGGGCACACAACCCCAAGUGAGGAUUUGCUGUUGCAGUUUGACACUUCCCUUAACCCCCUUGUUUCUUCUGUUUUGUGACAGUGCUUCCUCUCUGCUUCUGGAGAUCAAAAGUAAGCUUUCAGCUUCCCGUUCAUAGGCUAGAGGGGAUUCAGCUGGCAGGCAGAGCAGGCACCAGACGCAAGUAAUUAUUACUGUGACUGCUCAACUGGAGAUAUCCAAUUAUUGUCAAUUUAGAAUAUUUGUUUAAAUUAAAGCUAUGUUUACACCGCCCCAGGGUAAAUUAUUUAUCAGUAACCCAAGUCUGUGGAGCACCACUUCCUUUUAUUUGUCCCCCCCCCAAAAAAAAGGCACAUUCAUUUAUUUUGCUUGCUCCCUUCAUAAUGGUGGCCAUAGAGAUCAAGAAAUGCCAAUAACAGCCAAAGGUUCUGUAUAUUGUACCCAGGGGAAAUCCUUGCGUUUUCUGAUUGCUGUGCCAUUCUAAUAACAAAGAAGCCAAGUUCUGAUUAUAGUUAGAUUGCAUCAAAGCCUGUAACCAAUAGUGGUUUUGCAUUGGCUGUAUCCAUUUUACAAGAGUAUUUGUGGAGCUGCUGUUCAGGGUAGCAUCCUGGAUCCCACCCUGCUUCCCCCACGAGAGGUU